AUGGCUACCUGUAGAAGCUUCUUUUUUCGUUUCAAGGGCUUGUGCACGCGUAGGAAGGAGGCAGCGUUGGUGAGGGAGCCUACCGUAGCUGUGCCAAUUGAGGAAGUGCCGCCGCCACAGCCUACUGAGGCUCCAAGUUCCGAGACAACUGGAGAGGCUUCUGUAUCAUCGAUCGAUGUGCCGCUGUUGCCCAUCAAUAAUGUUUUGUCUCCCUCCUCAAUCGCUACAACUCGCGAACCGGAUGCCGAGGAGUUUGAGAUUAAAAAUGACACACCACUGGUCACUGAGGAUGUGUACGACCCUCUUAUCAUGAGUUUCUCCCCAAGGGUUUCUCGCCGUCGCAAUGACGCAGCAAAGGGUGAUACGUGCAACAGCCCCAGCAAAGCUGUAAGUUCGUUCUCGGAGACCGAAGCCCUUUCCACAAGUUGCGGACAUGCUGCUGAACAGGGGGUUUUCUGGUAUGGAAUAACGCUACUCAGCGAUGUUGGCAAUAAACCUGUGGCGGACCAUGCCCAGAAAACCGACGCUCCGGUUUUAGAUGAGCACAUCUCAACUGACAUGUCUGCGGACUGCAGUCCGUCGAAGCUGAAAAAAUGUCGAUCUAGUCUACGAUACUACGAUCUCAUGGGCCACCGUAUCAGUGAAGAUUGGACGAAUCUAAAUUCGCGUGUUUACGACGCAUUGUUGCAAUAUUUCACCGGUUCGGAUCCUACAUCCGGUCACAAGAUUUCUAAACAGUGGUCGGACAAUGUCAAAUUGUUAAUGGGAAAGAAGACGGCGAAGAUCGUGGCUGCAUUUAAGGUCGCCUACCAGGGGCAAUUGGAUUUUGAGUCUUCGUACAUGAUUUGUCAAUCAGUAUUCACUGCUCAGAAGAGCAUGCGGAUCGACCUCAUCAUCCGGGCACGUGUCAUGUCUUGUAUACGUAUACUUACAUUCCGCGGAGUGCGUGUGAUGAUUUGGGCGCUCGGCAACCAACGUAUGCCAACAGCGGAGGGUGACCCUGCCUCGUCACUUGACAGGAUGCAUCGCGAGUGGUACACGGUUGGACCGAAUUCGCACUAUCUACAGCAGCUAUUCCCGGCCGAUAUCGUGGCGUACAAUCUAGUUCAGCCCGAAAAGCUACAACCCGAGCUAGAGCAUCAACUGACGCAAGUUGCGGGGAUAGAUGUGAUCACCUCGCGUUCCAGGUUUAUAGCGGCCAAGCCAGGACACAUUACGGAGGCGCAAAGCUUCAUUGGGCACACUAUGGAGGUCAUAGAUGCGCGCCAACCAGUAGUGUGCAUGCUGCAGCGUGCCGGCAUACAAUGUGAUCGCUUGUGCCAUGUACAGCUUCGAGUGGGCGACAAGGUUCGAUUUUACACAACAAAGGGAUGA